GAGUGUGCUUCCCUUUCCUUUUUGGAGCACAUUGAUCCUCAUCAUGUUCCAGUUGAGGGUGCCUGCAAAGAGGAGAAGGAGAGGCAUUUCCCAAAGAGGGAGAGCAAGGGAUGAAGGCAGAAAGCUUUCCCCAACACCCCCUCCCUUCACUCCAUCCCUUCUUUUUGCAUUCCUGGCAGAUGCUGCUGCAUUAAGCCCCUUCUGUCAGCUUGGGGAAAGGGGGAAGGGGGGAGAGAUAGUAUGCUGGUGCACAGGGGCAUCACGUGUUUGGGAGCUUCUGAAAGAGGGAUAUUGACCAAAGUGAGAGGAAGGGGGGGGGGGGAGAGAGAGAGAAGAGGGAGAAGGGUGCAAAGGGGGGGGGGAAUAGGAGGAGAGAAAGAGAGAGGGAGCAAUUGGGGAGAAGGAGGCGCUGCGAUUGGCAAGCGUGCUGAGGAGGGCAAGGCUGUUCCUCUCUCUGCCUUUGGUUCUACCGCGAUCUCCCUUGGAGAGAAGCCCCCCUCCCUCCCUCCCUCUCUUCUUUCUUCCUCGCUUGGCYCCUUGCAUGGUGUGGCUGCCUCUCCUUCCUCUUCCUCUUCCUCUUCCUCUUCCUUGGCCAUGGCUUGGCCCUGCAUCAGCCGCGUGUGCUGCUUGGCCCGCUUCUGGAACCAGAUGGACAAGUCGGACUUGGCGGUGCCCCUCACCAUCCACAAUUACUCCGACAUCGAGGAGGAGGAGGCGGUAGGAGCAGCAACAGGAGGAGCAGGAGCAGGGCUAGGGCCAGGAGGAGGGAUGGCCCCCCACCCGCCCCCCAAGAUCCCAACAGGUGGAAGCAGCAGCGGCAGCAGGUCCCACGCGCAGCCCGCCCUGCACCCCCCGCGGGGCUCCUCUUCCGCGGCUCCCCUCCCGGUCUCGGCGUCCGCGCCUUCGCUGCACCAGCAUCCCCCCCACCCCCAUCACCACCCCCACCAUCAUCCCUCGCAGGAGGAGGACCUUCUCGGCCCUUCCAAGCGACCCUCCAAAAGGAGCACCCCACGCCGCCGCCCCGCCGCCGCCGAGACUCAGUACCAGCAGGACUUCCGCGCCUGGCCCCUCCAGAAGAGGGACGCCUUGCCCUGGGUGGGAGAGGCCCGCGGGCGGGUAGAGAGCCCCCGCACAGAGGCACAGCCCUCCCACGCCAACGCCGCCGCAGCAGCAGCACCCUCCUCCUCUUCCCACGCCGGCAUCCCCGGGGCUAUACACUCCUCCCGCGUGUACGUGCUGCCCGUGGCUGUGGAGGGAGAGCCCGUGGGCGGCAAGGAAGCCGGGUACAAGCCCCUUUGGCCACACGCCGCCGCCGCCGCCGCCUCCUCGCCGCCCCCUGGAGCCGCCAAGCACACCUCUUCCUCCUCCUACAGGCAGGAGUAUCGUCCAUGGUCAGGAGCUAAAAGAUCAAGACCCACCAAAACAACACAAGGCUUCAUUAUCCCAGAGGAUCACUUUGCAUCGGAAUCUAGCUACAAGGCAGACUUCAAGAUUCCAGAAGUGAAAGGGAAGUUUUCUCCAAACCCUUCUGCUGUUUUCCAGGCACCGUCUCGCAUCCUAAAUGUAUGAAUCUGGAUCGUAGCCCUUUCCCAUCCAGGCAGCUUGAAUGUUAAGGUUGUGAAAAUGUACAGCUAUGCAACUUUCGUGAGUGAUAUAGAGAUAAGAGUGAGAGUUAUUACCAGCAAUGACAGAAAAUAUCAGAAUUUAUUCAUCUAUUGUGAACAUGUAAAACACAAAGCACUUCCUAGUUGGAGUUUGUAUAACAUAAUGGAAAGAAUGACCUAGUUUCAUAAACACAGGCUUAUUAAUACUGGCCCAGCUGGCUUGACAAUUAAGGUGUUAACUUUGGUCAGCAAAAAAAACAGCAAUUUCAACAUAUUCUUUAUGCCUAAAUGCAGUGGGAGGCUGGAAAAGCUUCUCUCUUAAGUGAGUAUAGGCACAUUGAUAAGAGAAAGGGGGAAAAAACAAAUUGAUAUUUGAAGUUUGCUAGAGCAUGGAAUCAACCUCAAAAGUUGUUAUUGCACAGACUUCUCAUGUUUUUUGCAAACGGUUGUCCAGGGUAAAAAGUAUAAUUUUUUUUACUAGUUUUCUCCGGAACAUGGUGCUCCACACAAAUGCUGACCAGUUAUAGACUUCCUCAAUCAUAGUUUAGUUUCUGUAUAUCUUUCUCCCCCCCCCCCGCCUCCAGGACUAGUUUAAACAUUAAACAAAUUUCUUACGGGUCUAUUCCAGGCAUGGGCAAACUUGGGCCCUCCAGGUAUUUUGGACUUCAGCUCCCACC